GAGAUAUUAAAUAGCAUUUCAGCUGACUCUUCUAAUGAGAAUUUGAAAGACGUAAACAAACGUCCUGAUGGUAUAAAAAUAGAUAUUUUGUAUGAUGAUAAAAAGAGUGAUUAUGGAGAGUUUGAACAAUUUAAGAAAAUGGAUAAUGAUUUAGAACAAUAUGAAAUUAACGUUGAAGUGAUGAAAGAUAACAGUAAUAUAGAUAAUGACAGUUUUUUCAUUGAUGAACACAUGACAAUAGAAUCUAUCACUGAAUCUAAAUCUGAAUCAGAAGAUGAACUUAUUUUUGAGCAUAUCCCUAAUUAUAUUCUACAUAAUCCUGAAUAA